UCGCAGAGAAAGUUUUUCAUCAGCGCUUCGUUGCGGACCGGUGGGGGAACAAAGUUUUGUAGAUUUUCACCGUGCUAUAUCCUCAAUUUUGGUGCAUUUAACCGACAAAUGUUUACGGAACAUUAGUGGUCGAAAGUAAUUCCAUUCGUCGUGAAAAAUGGCAGCAAGCACCGAGGACUUCUACCUACGUUACUACGUUGGCCACAAGGGUAAAUUUGGGCACGAGUUUCUGGAGUUCGAGUUCCGGCCCGAUGGCAAACUGCGCUAUGCCAACAAUUCUAACUACAAAAACGACACCAUGAUCCGCAAGGAAGCGUACGUGCACCAGUCGGUGAUGGAAGAGCUCAAACGGAUCAUCGUCGAUUCGGAAAUCAUGCAGGAAGACGAUUCCCUGUGGCCACCACCGGAUCGCGUCGGUCGACAGGAGCUGGAAAUCGUUAUCGGUGAUGAGCACAUUUCUUUCACAACUUCCAAAACCGGUUCCCUGGUGGAUGUUAAUCAAUCCAAAGAUCCGGAAGGUCUUCGCUGCUUUUAUUACCUGGUUCAAGAUCUGAAGUGUCUAGUAUUUUCUCUCAUCGGAUUGCAUUUCAAGAUCAAACCCAUCUAAAUGAAGGACGAAAGUGUUCGGAUCGAAUGACUAUCUACACAUUAUUGACAUUACUUUAACUACAUCUGGAUAUAAAUAUUUUAAUUAAAUAUUUUUCAGACAAAAAACGAAACAAACGUGUGAACUCAACAAUGGGUGAUUAAAGUAUAAAAAAAGUAGUAUUCGAAA